AUGUACUUCUUCCUCCUCAACCUUGCGCUCAUUGACCUGGGUGCCAUCUCCACCACUGUCCCCAAAUCCAUGUCCAAUUCCCUGAGGGACACCAGGGACAUCUCCUACACAGGAUGUGUCCUACAGUUUUUCUUUUUCAUAUUCCUAAUUUCAUCAGAGUAUUUUCUCCUCACCACCAUGUCCUACGAUCGCUACAUUGCCAUCUGCAGACCCCUGCACUAUGAGACCCUCCUGGGCAGCAGAGUUUGUCUCCACCUGGCAGCAGCUGCCUGGGCCUGUGGAGUUCUCACUGCUCUGCUCCACACAGCCAAUACAUUUUCCCUGCCCCUCUGCCAGGGCAAUGUUCUGGACCAGUUCUUCUGUGAAAUCCCCCAGAUCCUCAAGCUCUCCUGCUCCAGGUCCUACCUCAGGGAGGUUUGGCUUAUUGUGGCCAGUGCCUGUUUAUUCUUUGUCUGUUUUGUGUUGAUUGUGGUGUCCUAUGUGCAGAUCUUCAGGGCAGUGCUGAGGAUCCCCUCUCAGCAGGGACGCCACAAAGCCUUUGCCACCUGCCUCCCUCACCUGGCUGUGGUCUCCCUGUGUAUCAGCACUACCUUCUUUGCCCACUUGAAGCCCUCCUCCAUCUCCUCCCCAUCUCUGGACCUGGGGGUCUCAGUUCUGUACUCAGUGGUGCCUGCAGUAGUGAACCCUCUCAUCUACAGCCUGAGGAACCAGGAGCUCAAGGCUUAUAGACUCAGUCCAAACAUGGUUCCUGUAACCCCUGUCAGUACAGAUGUGGCCUCAGCCCAUUACAAACUGGAUCCUACUGUCCUCUAG